AUGACAGAGACCCGUGAGCCAGCUGAGACUGGGGGCUAUGCCAGCUUGGAAGAAGACGAUGAGGACCUCUCUCCAGGCCCUGAGCAUUCCUCUGACUCUGAAUACACUCUCUCAGAGCCAGACUCCGAAGAGGAAGAAGAUGAGGAGGAGGAGGAGGAGGAGGCCACUGACGAUCCUGAAUAUGACCCUGGCUACAAGGUGAAGCAACGCCUGGGGGGGGGCCGGGGGGGCCCGUCCCGCCGGGCCCCCCGUGCAGCCCAGCCCCCGGGCCCCCCAGCCCAGCCCUGCCAGCUCUGUGGCCGCUCACCCCUUGGGGAGGCCCCACCAGGCACCCCACCUUGCCGGCUCUGCUGCCCUGCUACAGCCCCCCAGGAAGCUCCAGCCCCUGAAGGCAGGGCCCUCGGGGAGGAAGAGGAGGAGCCGCCUCGGGCUGGGGAGGGUCGACCAGCUGGGAGGGAGGAGGAGGAGGAAGAUGAGGAGGAGGAGGGCACCUAUCACUGUACGGAGUGUGAGGAUUCCUUCGACAACCUCGGGGAGCUGCACGGGCACUUCAUGCUGCAUGCCCGGGGCGAGGUGUAGGCAGAGCCCCCCAC